GAUCCGGAUCUAAUGUGCGUAGGCCUUAACCGAUUGCUUCACCUCGGUAAUCUAUAGCUCAUUGCAAAGAAGCCUCUUUACUCUUCUCUUAAGCAAAAAACAAAAGAAUUUUAGAAAUUCAUCAAUUGGCACGUCAUUCCAGUUAUAAAAUCAUUUACAUCGUUAAAGGUUUACACAAUGGAGUCAACCAACCGACCUUUCUCAGCUGGGAGUCGCCAAGCACCCGAUCCAUAUGAUCAAUUUUUAGAGCGGGAAGGAUUUUAUCGAAAACAUACGGCCCGUGAUUCCACCUGCUUGUUCCGCGUGGUAUCAGAACAAGUGUUCGAUGUUCAGCUGUACCACGGUAAAGUUAGAGACGACUGUGUAAAUUUCAUGCGCAAAAGACGUGACCUGUACGAAAAGAAAAUCAACGAGAAUUACAACGAAUAUUUAGAUGAAAUGAGCAAAUAUCGUUCCUAUGGAUCGUUCAUCGAACUGAAUGCAUUAGCACAUGUCUAUCGACGUAAUGUAUUACUUUUCGAACCGUACAAUUGUGGUACUUGGCUCGUAAGAUGUGACUCCUAUGAGGACAACUUGAUGAUAUUCUUCUCACCCGACAAGCACUUCGACUCUAUUUUCCCAACGCCCUAUAUUGAACAAGCGGCUUAUUGUCAAGCUUUAGUAUACGAAAUUUUAUAUGUAAGAGUAUUCAAGCUUCCAGACGUUAUGUACUCCGUUGAACGCAUGCUACACGAUCCUGAGGGCAGAACUAUGCGAAGCAUUGAGUGUAAAAAAGAAACGGGGGAUAUUGUUGAAGAAAAGAUCGUUACAUCAGAGGGAAGAGAAUUUGUCCUCGAUGACGCAGAGUCUACAGAGUGCGUGUUGGAUAACUACAGAUUAUGCCAUUUUCACAACAGGGAUAAUUUUGCGCACAUAGUUGAUAUCUAUCGCAAUAAACGAUCGAAUAAGGUCGUCAAAGAAGUACGAAAUAUUUCCGGAAAUGGUGGUCGAGGAUCAAUCGCGCGAGACCUAGUUCUUGUGAACCCUAUGCUAUGCGAGAAGAAAAUGUCAUGCGUUCGUCAACUGUUAAAGGAAGGAAUUACUCCGUUUCCCUAUAAAGUGGCAAAAGCUUUGGAUCCAAACAUAUACCGUAACAUCGAGUUUGAUUCUUGGAGUGAUAUAAGAAGAGAAUUGAAGUAUAGGAGUUGGUACUUUGGAGGAAACGGCUUACAGGUUGGCGCCCGGUGUUUGGUAAAGUUUAAAGAUGAUGAGAGCCAACUACUGCAUGGUUACAUCCAGGAGAUGAAGCAUAACAACGGACCAUGCGUUGUUUAUCUUGAAGAGCUUGCCGAAUGUCAUACCAUUCCUUAUGAAAAGCUACGAGCAAUUACAACUGAACAAACUAGAUCCUGGAGCUUACCGUAUAACCCUCGAAAUGUAUCAGACUGUCAUCAUAUUACAGUAACAGACGAAAAAGCUGCAAAUGGCAAACUGCAUUCCAAAAUUAUUGAUUUAAGCCUACCGUCAAUAAAAAUGUUGGAUGAAGGAAUAAAGGACUAUAUGAGUGGCUGCGGAUCAGACAAGACGUUUUGUUACUUGCUCAACAAUUAUCAUGGAAUCCUGGAUGUACAUCCCCCACCAAUUGAAAUGGUGGUCAUGCCAAUCACAUUAGAUAACAAUAAUAAUCAAAAAGCUACCAAUAUCCAAAAUGAUAAAAGUGAUACCACAACAGAGGUAGACAGUACGAACUGUUCUUCACGUGAAGCCUACGAUGCGCUUACAGUUUCUAGCGAAGCCUACAAUAACCAACUAUACUGUUAUUCAUAUUCUGAUUCUGUAAGUUGUCGAACCAAGUGUCAUGACUUCCCAUAAUAACCUCCAUUGUAUCCCUUGGUUAUGCGUUAAUGUAAAUUAAAUUGACGCAACGUAUUUGACCAUGAGGUAAUCAAAAAUAUCUUAACAUAACGCAUUGUCAGUAACGGCAAGUUAUUACGGACAAAAUCCUCUUGCAUUUUUUCAUAAAAGAAUGUAAUAACGCUUGAUCGUACGUUGGAAGGAAACGAUAAAAUUGUC